AUGGCCAGCGCUUUUGAUCUCGGGACGCCUGAGGCAUUAGCGCCCGGCGCGAAGACCGCGGGCAUCACAGGCAGCACGCAGGACAAGCUCGCAGCCUUCCGGUCGCACGCCUCGGACGACGUCGUGAAGAAGAUAAGAGAGGCCACGAAGCUGCUCGAGCAGCGCCAGGCGGCGCAGGCCGCCGCCCCGGAGCCGCCGGCCGAGGAGGACCACCCGAGCUACAUGGAGGGCGCCGCGAAGGAAGUGAAGGCCCUGCCGGAGGCGCACGCGCCACCCGCCGAGGCCGCCGCGCCGGAGCCCGCCGCGCCCGCGCCGCCGGAGCCGCGGGCGCCGCCAGCGCCGCCCGCGCCAGAGCCCGCGCCGGCCGCCGACGCCGCCGAGGCCAAGCGCAUCGCGGACGCCGAGGCGAAGGAAGGCGCAGCGGAGGAGAUGAUGGCGAAAGCCAAAGCCAUGCUCGCCGCGGCCGAGAAGGCCGAGGCCGAGGCGAAGGCGCGCGCCGAGGCCGAGGAGACCGCGAGGCGCGAGGCCGAAGCCAAAGCGGCGCGUGACAAGGAGGCAGAACUCGAGCGCGCUCGGGCCGAGGCCAAAGAGAAGGCCGAGGCGGACGAGCGCGCGCGCGAGGCGAAGAAGCUCGCGGAGGCCGAGGCCGCCGAGGCAGCGGCGGCGGCGCGGGAGAAGGAGGCGGAGGAGCGCAGGGCGGCCGAGGAGGAAGCCGCGAAGCGCAAAGCCGCCGCCGAGGAGGCCGAGGCCGCGAAGAAGGCCGAGGAGGAACGGGCGCGCGCCGAAAAACGCAAAGCCAUCGAGGAAGCCGAGCGGAAGCGAGCCGAGGAGGAACGCGUCAGGGCCGCUGAAGAGGCGAAGGCGCGACGGGAGCAAGAGGAGGCCGAGCGGGAACGGGCCAACGAGGAGCGCCUCGCCGCCGCCGCGCGGGAGGCCGAGGAGCACGAGGAGGCCGCGCGGGAGCAAGAGGAGGCCGAGCGACGGGAGCACGAGGCGGCGGAGCAAGUCGAGCACGUCGACGAGAAGUUCCUCGAGCCGCCGCCGCCCCGGGACCCGGAGCCCGAGCCGGCGCCCGAGCCGGAGCCGGCGCCGCCGGUCCACCACGAACCCGAGCACCUGCCGCCCGUGCUGCCGCGGUCGACGACGGCGCCGGCGAAGCUGACGGUCGCGACGCGCCUGCCGCAGCCGCCCAACGUCUUGAUCAUGGAGUACGCGAAGCUGGGCGUCGGCGGCCUGCUGGCGUGUAUAUUAUUAUGCGGCUGGCGCGCGUGCCGCCGCUGCCGGAGUAAACGAAGGCAGUCCGGCGAGAUCACGAUUACGAAGCGCGCGCCGUCGCCCGUUGUGAAGGAGGCGCGAGGAUCGUCGCGCGCGAGGAAGCUGUCCAAGGCCGACGACGACGACUGGGACGACCUCGAGGGCGGCUGGGGCCCCGCGCCGGCGCCCGCGCCGCGCGCCGCGACGCCGCCGGCGCGCAAAGCUGUGAGACCUGCGCGCCAGCCCGCGCGGCAGCCGGCGCGGUCCGCGCGGCCGCAGUUGGGGGGAGGCGCGACGCCCGCGCGGUCCGCCGCGGCCGCGCCGCCCUCGCGGCCCGCGACGACGGCGACGCCGCCGCCGCGGCCCUCGGUGACGCGUGCGUUUCUUCCGCGUCCUUGUUACGCCAUCGAUGCGACGUCGUUCCUGCGACGGCGUCGAUGGCGUACCGUCGUGAAUCCGCCAGAGAGAGACACACACAUGACCUCAUUGCUGCUCGGUCUCGCAGGCACCGGCUCGCGCGGGGCCUCGGCCGCGCGGCCCGCGGCGCGGCGGCCGGCGGCGAAACCCAAGCCCGCGGCGACGCCCGCGCCGGCGCCGCGGGCGUCCUCCUUCGACGCGGGCGACGCCUGGGACGCGAACGACGACCUCGACGACAUUUUGGGCGACGGCUGGGACGACGACUCGCCGACGUCAAAGAGCGUCUCGCCGCCGCCGCGGUCGCUGUCGUCUUUGAGUGGCGCCGUGUCGCCGGGCGAGGACUCCGACGACGACUUCUUCGCGAGCCUCGGGAUGGAGUCGAAGCCCAAGUUUCGUAAGUAG